AUGCGAGAACCGCCCCCGUGUCAACUACCACCGCGCGUGGAACGUUUGAGGGCCCUCAUGACUGAUCAAAGCAUCGACGCAAUCGUGUGUCUGAAGCCGGAGAACACUUUCUAUCUCUCAGGCUUCAAUCCUAUCAUAUAUUCCCAUCCCGCGAUUGUGGUUGUGACCCUAGAUCAUGAUCCGAUCUUGCUGGUAUUUGCCUUGCGUGGCCAACACGCCCGGGCCAGCGCUUGGGUAACGGAUAUUCGGCUUUUCGGCACUUGGUCUGACAUAGAAACCCUAGCACCGGACUGGAAGGAGGCGCUGAUGAUCAUUCUGACUUCACUGCGUGCCUCUGGCAAGACCAUCGGACUAGAAGAGGGUUUCAUACCCGUUGCCCAGUCUCGGAACCUGGCUGAGAUACUACCGCAGGCCAAAUUCGUCGAUGUGAGCCCCUUCAUCGACCAGUGCCGGCUGGUCAAGGACCCAGACGAGAUCAAGAAUGCUCGAAUUGCCGCCAGAAUUGCGGAUGUAGGUAUGGAUGCUGCAUUUACUGCGUUGGCUCGCGCAGGCAGCACCGAACGAGACGUGGCGAUCGCCUCCACAAAUGCCAUGAAUCAGUAUUGGGCGGAGAACUAUGGCGACGAUGUCGAAAUAUGCGGAUUCGGAUCCCUGGAAGGUGGACAGCAUAAUGGCCUUGCAGCCUGGGUGUUGUCUGGUCCGAGAAAGUCCUACGCCUGCGAUAAUCCCACCACUAGGGUGCCUGAACCCGGCGAGACAGUUUCCGUAUUUGUUUGGACGGUUGCAAAUGGCAUGCAUGCUGAGCUCGAGAGGACUGUUUGCGUUGGGCCAGUCGCGGAAGUCGAGCAGAGAGCCAUCAUGGACAUUCUCGAGAUCCGCGCCAAAGUCGACGCACGCAUGCGGCCCGGGAUCCCGGUUUCGGAACUCUAUGAAAUCGCAAAGAAGGGCUUCGAGGCUAAAGGCUACGGUUCUAUCAUUCCCGGUCGUAUUGGACACGCCAUCGGACUAGGCCCUCAUGAGAACGCUUCAAUUAGCGCCACCUCUCCCGUAAUUCUUGAACCUGGCAUGAUCCUUACACUCGAGCCACAUAUUCUUAUACCUGACGUCUGUGGAACACAGUUUUCUGAUACUAUUCUCAUCACGGAAACAGGCCGCGAGUAUUUGACGCGCUUCUCUAGAGGCUAUCUCACAGUUAACUGA